GGGCGCGCCUCAAGGAGGGGAGGCGUGGCUUAGGCUGCAGGGCUAGGUGGCUGGGGGCCUCGGUGCUGGGACCCGUGACACUUCUCACGCUUUCCAGGGGCCGGAGGGACAGCCAUGCUUUUGUCGGGGGGUAAACCCCCAGCGCAGGAAUGGUUCAUGGUGCAGACAAAAUCGAAGCCCCGGGUACACCGGCAGCGGCUGCAAGUCCAGCGCAUCUUCAGGGUCAAGGUGACCGCUUUCCAGAGCCGUCCUGACACCCCUUACUUUUGGCUGCAGCUGGAGGGGCCCCGGGAAAAUACGGGCAAAGCCAAGGAAUAUCUGAAAGGUCUGUGCAACCCAGAGCUAUGGAAGGAGGUUCGCUACCCACCAGUCCUGCACUGCGCCUUCCUUGGGGCACAAGGCUUGUUCCUGGACUGCCUCUGCUGGAGUACCCUGGCCUACCUGGUGCCUGGUCCCCCUGGCUCCUUAAUGGUGGGUGGGCUGACCGAGUCUUUUACCAUGACACAGAACUGGCUGGAGGAGCUGGUGGCACGGUUGCGCUGGGGCCCUGCCCCAAUGAUCACCCCUCGAGGGGUUUGGGAGACAGAGGUGACCCGGGCUUUUGGGGCUCUGGUGUGGAUCCGUUGUGACAAGUAUGCAGGAGACUUGCUGCAGCUUCCUCCAGCAGUCCAGGAGCUGCUUCUCAGUUUGGUCCGAGAUGCUGCCGGCAAGGAAGACAUCAUUGAGUGGCUCGGCCAUUUUGGCAUCUCUGGUACUUGCCCCAACCCAGAGAUCCUGAUCUGCCUUGCCCGGCAGCAGAAGGAAAGCGCAUCCCUGGUGACCAUAAAAGAGAGCCCCGGGACGCUCCAAGAGAUAGGAGCCUUGAAUCGGGCUUCAGAAAAUUCAAAGAAAACAACAAGUUCGGGAGCCGCUGGGUCCCUGACCCAAGCUCAGAGCCCUCCGGCGCAGGAGACAGCAGACCAGCUAGCACGGGACCAGUCUAACAAGCAAGGUGACGAAACGAACAGUGUUGGAGAGGAAGGGACCGCUACACAAGACACCAGCAGCCAGGACUCUGAGAAUCCCACACAAGCCCUCUUGCAGCAAAAGCAGGUACCGAAGAAUGAAGAGAGAAUCUCAUUGCUGUUGCCAGUGUCAGCUCUGAGCGCGUACACAUCCUGGAAGGUCUGGGCCCCUGGGACAGCCUUUGGGCCCUCGUGGCCAGGGACCAUUGCUGCCACCUUCUGGAAGAUCAAUGAACUGCAGUCUCUUCACCUAGCCUGGCUCCUGUCCCAGGCUUGCUUAAAUUUCCCCUUCUGGCAGAGGCCCACGGGCCCCAUUCAGCUGAAGCUGCCAGGACGGAAUCCUUUGCCCUUAAAGCUGGAAUGGAAGCAGAAAGAGCUGGUUCCUCUGUCCAGUGCAGGAAGCCCAGCUUGUAGACCAGGUGGGGACCUAGGGAGGGAGACAGCCCUAAAGCAUAGCCCGAGGCCGGAGAUUCCCUCCAAAAUCAUCAGUUUAUCGGUGGUGCCAGGGGGUUGUGGUAUCAAAGAGAAGGUUAGCCCGGGACUUCUGCAAGUAGGGCAGUCUUCAACAUCUGUGGGAGAUAAAGGAAUUUCACUGUCAGAUUGUAAAGGCCUGGAAAAGCCGUUCUCUCUAGCACUGUCCACAGAGCAAGGGGGAUCCACAGCUCAAGAGAGGCCACUGGCUCAAGUACCCGAAGCUCCAACGGUGUCUGAAACUCUUCAAGUGGCCACGGCUGCAGAGGUGUCCAACGUUGAACACCCACCCACCGGGGAGGGGCUGCCUGCAACCCCCAAAGUGCCUACAGCCCUAAAGAAGCCAGCAGUGUACACAGAGCCCACAGCUCCCAAAGUGCCUUCGGCUCCAACAGAACCAGCAGCUCCUGCCACGCCCACAGCCCCACAAACUCCUACAGCUCAGAAAACACCUUCAGUGAAAACACUCGCAGGCCUCCAGACCCCCAAAGUUCAAAGUGAGACCAUAGCUACAGCAGGGUCUGAAGUUCCCAAAGCGCCUGCAGCUUCAGCAGUUGCGGGGCCGACCGUGGAUGUAGCCCAACUCCUGAGUGAGGUUCAGGCUUCAAAGAAUAGAGCCAUCAUGUUGAAGGUCCAGGGAAAGCCCGGAAGGCAGGGUUUCCAGCCCAGUAGCACCGUGCCCUCCAGAAGUAAGCAUCAGUUCCUAAAGGAAGGACUUCUUGGGGCUUGGGAGGGGUCCCAGAGGCUGUCACCUCACUCCCAGGGCACCAACAUAGUGACCAGCUUCCAGAGGUACAACGAGGCCUUGAACACACCGUUCGAGAUGAACUUGUCUGAGGAGCCUGGAAAUCCAGGGCUGAGGAGAGUGGUCAUUGACGGCAGCAGUGUGGCCAUGGUACAUGGCCUGCAGCACUUCUUCUCGUGCCGAGGCAUCGCCAUGGCCGUGCAGUACUUCUGGAAUCGCGGACACCGAGAGAUCACCGUGUUCGUACCCACCUGGCAGCUGAAGAAAAACCGGAGGGUGAGAGAGAGCCACUUUCUGACGAAGCUUCACAGACUGAAGAUGCUGUCUAUCACUCCCUCGCAGCUGGAGAAUGGCAAAAAGAUCACCACUUACGAUUACAGGUUCAUGGUAAAGCUGGCAGAGGAGACAGAUGGAGUCAUUGUCACCAAUGAGCAGAUCCACAUCCUCAUGAAUAAUUCCAAGAAACUGAUGGUCAAAGAUCGCCUGCUGCCCUUCACCUUUGCCGGGAGUCUCUUUAUGGUACCAGAUGACCCCCUGGGCCGUGACGGCCCCACCUUGGAGGAAUUUCUGAAGAAGCCAAACAGGUUGGACAUGGACAUUGGCAAUUUCUUGAAGGUGUGGAAGACCCUGCCUCCCAGCUCAGCCAGCAUCUCUGAACUGAGUGAUGACGCUGACGCCGAACCUUUGGAGGAUCCACAGGACGUAGAAGAAGCAGGGAAGGAGGAGGGAAGCCUGGAAGAGGAGCCAGGAAUCCCAAAGCCCGAUGAAGAAGAUGAGCAGGACACUAACCCUGUGUCGGUGUUUGGGGUCGAGUGCCCUUCAUUUUCCGAGGAAAUCCUCCAGUGUCUCAGCCUGCAUGACCCCUCUGAGGGGACUUUAGACAUCGACCUUCUGCCUGUGGUGUCCUCUCCGUACCUGGAUGUCCCCUGGGAUGGGAAGGCUCCCUGUCAGCAGGUUCUGGCCCAGCUGGCGCAGCUUAACAUCCCGAGCAACUUCACCGCGCUAUCCUUCUUCAUGGGCUUCAUGGAUUCCCACCGGGAUGUUAUCUCUGACUAUGAAGAUCUCGUGGGCCCCCUGCACGGCCUCCUCAAGCAGAAGCCGGACUGGCAGUGGAACCAGGAGCACGAGAAGUCCUUCCUGGCCCUGAAACGAGCCCUAGUGUGCGCCCUCUGCCUGUCAACCCCCAACCCCAACCUGCCCUUCUACCUGGAAGUGACUGUCAGCCAAGUGUCACUGACAGCUAGCUUGCACCAGGAGCACUCAGGAAGGAAGCACCCCAUCGCUUAUACCUCGAAACCUCUCCUCCCCGAUGAAGACAGCGAGGGUCCUCAGUCAGGGGGGGACAGCCCCUAUGCUGUGGCUUGGGCCCUCAAGCAUUUUGCCCGAUGCGUUGGAGACAAUCCAGUGGUUCUACGUCUUUCCUAUGCCUCCCGGACCACGGUGGAUAAUGAGGCAUGGGAUAGCCGUAGGGCUUCGAAAGCGUGGUUGAUUCGGUGGUCUCUCUUGCUGCAGGACAAAGGCAAGAGGGAAUUGGAAUUGUCCCUUCUCCAGGGCCUGCUGGGGGAGAACCAGCUGCUGACACCCCCUUCCUCCAUGCCCCGAGUUUUCCAGCCUCUGCCUCCUUCUUCUGACCUGUCUACUUUUAUCUGUGUCCAUGUGUCUGGCUAUUGCUUCUACCGUGACGAUGAGUUGUGUGCUGGCUUUGGUCUCUACAUCUUGUCGCCCACCAGCCCUCCAGUCUCCCUUGCCUUUUCCUGUUCUCCUUACACAACCACAUACGCCCACCUGGCAGCCGUGGCCUGCGGCUUAGAGCGCUUCGGCCAGUCCCAGCACCCUGUGGUUUUCCUCACCCACUGCAACUGGAUCUUCAGCGUUCUCUGGGAGCUCCUGCCCCUCUGGAGAGUCCGGGGCUUCCUGUCAUCUGACGGGGCUUCACUACCUCAUCCAAGCCUGCUGUCCUACAUCAUCUCUCUCACGUCUGGCUUUUCACCCCUUCCCUUUAUCUACCGAACCUCUUAUCGGGGCUCUCUGUUUGCUGUGACAGUGGACACUCUGGCCAAGCAGGGUGCCCAAGGGGGCGGGCAGUGGUGGGAUUUGCCAAAGGAUGUGCCAGUGCCAAUGGUGACUCCCCAUCCUAAAGGCAGGAAGCCCAACUUGCUGGCCUUACAGCUGAGUGAUACCACCCUGGCCGAUAUCAUUGCCAAGUUGCAGGCAGGACAGAAAUUGUCCGGGCCCUCCCCUUUCAGUUCUGCCUUUAACUCACUCAGCCUGGACCAAGACAGUGGCCUGCUCAUGUUCAAGGGGGAAAGGCAUCCCAGGGUUUGGGUAGUCCCAAGGCAACUUCGGAGGGAUCUGAUUUUCUCUGUGCAUGACAGCCCCAUUGGGGAACACCAGGGGCUAGAGGACACCUAUAAGACGGUGAGGCUGCUGGGAUGGUGGCCUGGGAUGCAGGACCACGUGAGAGAUUACUGCAGGAGCUGUUUGUUCUGCAUCCCCCGGAAUCUCAUAGGCGGGGAGCUGAAAGUUAUCGAGUCCCCAUGGCCUCUCAGGUCGACAGCCCCUUGGUCCAGUCUGCAGAUUGAGGUGGUGGGUCCAGUCACUGUAAGUGAGGAGGGACAUAAGCACGUGCUCAUUGUGGCCGAUGCCAACACCCGGUGGGUGGAGGCAUUCCCUCUGAAGCCCUAUACGCACGUGGCUGUGGCCCAGGUGCUCCUCCAGCAUGUGUUUGCAAGGUGGGGCGUUCCCAUCAGACUGGAGGCCGCCCAAGGCCCCCAGUUUGCCCGCCAUGUUCUGGUGAGCUGUGGGCUGGCCCUGGGAGCCCAAGUGACUACACUGAGUAGGGCCCUCCAGUUCCCCUGCCUGAUGAGUUCAGAGGCCUACUGGGAAUUCAAGAGGGCCCUGAAGGAGUUCAUCUUUCUGUAUGGCAAGAAGUGGGCGGCCUCUCUGCCCUUGCUGCACCUGGCUUUUAGGGCCUCCACCACAGAGGCCACACCGUUCCAGGUGCUGACCGGGGGCGAGAUGAAGCUGAUGGAGCCCGUGUGGUGGGAGAUGAGCCGGGCGAACAUUGAAGGGCUCAAGAUGGACGCUUUCUUGCUGCAGCUGAUGCGGGAGCUGUUGGACCUCCACUGGAGAGUGGCCGAGAAGGCCAGCGAGAAGGCCGAGAACAGGCGUUUCAAGAGGGAGAGCCAGGAGAACGAGUGGAGUGUGGGCGACCAGGUCCUCUUGUUGUCUCUCCCCAGGAAUGGCAGCAGUGCCAAAUGGAUGGGUCCUUUCUAUAUUGGGGACCGGUUGAGCCUAUCACUCUAUAGGGUGUGGGGCUUCCCAGUCCCAGACAAGCUGGGCUGUGUCUAUCCUAGCAGUCUGAUGAAGGCCUUUCCCAAGCAUGACACGCCCCUGUCCCUCGACGUGGAGCAGUGAGUCAGAGCAGCCAGGGAUCUGCCCGCUCGGGUCCCCGCAUUUCUGCUGCUAGUCCUCCCUUCUGAUCUGAGCAGUGCUCUCAGCUCUUCGGGGGCCCCCCUCAGUUGUGCCUUGUGCGGAGAAGUUCCCUUUGUAAAGCUUUGCUGAAUUGCCUUGAGCUAGGGGUGGAUGUCCCUAUAACACAUCCCCAGGUAGGGGUACUUGGAGAAUGUGCCAAAGGUUGUCCUGUGGGGGCUCUGGGCUCUGGCAGUUCUACCCUUGGGAGCAAAGGAGUCUCCUUAACAAAGUUGGCCGGGCUCACGAUCUUCCCCAAGUGCCACCUUUCCCCUCUUACACGCUCAGGUGUAGAUUGGUGUGUGCACCCCUCUCCAGUGUCUUUCACCCAACACACUACACUUCACAGUGUGGAUUUGGACCUCCGGGUGGGUAUCACAGCUCUCCCCCUAUGCUAGUGCCUCCCCGUACAUUCUGCAUCUGGCAAGCCUCUGCUCUUGGAGUUCUCAAUGGCACAGACACUGGCAGCAAGAAGGUAGCAGUUCUCCAGUCGGCCUCCUUUGCCAGCACCGGGACAGCAGUAGCCUUCCCGUGCCUCCAGGAUGCUUGCUGUCUCUGGGUGGAGGUGAUCAGCCAUAAGCCACCUACCUGUUCUUAAGGGGAGGUGGUGGGAGGGGAUGAAUUGGCCUACCUCAUUUGAUUCCAGUCAACAGAGAUGAUUCCUGACCCCUGCUGUGAUGGUGGUCACCUCACAGGAGUCGAGGACUUUGAUACCAAGCGUGGCCUCUGUACUGGAAGAGCUGCUUCUAUUAGGUUCAGUGGUGUUCACGCUCUGCUUUAAGGGGAGGGCAUCUGAUGUGUGUAGUUUGACACGCGGCCGGGCACUGGGUGGCUUUUCCUCUUGUUCCUCUGACUCCUCUCACCCACUGCCAAAGCUCACAACCCUCUACUGCGUGCAGUUUACCCAUCUCCUUCGAUGGGACUGCUUUGUUCUGGUCAGCUGCAGUACCCUGAAUCUGCCUCUGUGUGGCGCUCCCUCACAGCCGGUGUGCCCAGCUCAUUGUCGCAGCAGGAGUGGGCUUUUCAUUAUCAUGAGGGCUGAUUCUCACCGCUCUGCAUUUCCACACAGCUGAGCUCGCGAUCUGGAGAGAAAGGUCAGCACCAGGCCGUUCUGGCUCCGAUUCCUAGUAGCUCAUUUCUCGAGGAGCCGAUCCGGUUAUCUGGCUGAGCUCAGGUUGCCAGACAGGACGCUGCAGAAUGCUGGGUCCUGAGGCUAGGUUGGCGUUGAGCCCAGCUUUCACAACAGAGCAAAGAGGGAAAUGACUUGCCCGCAGUCACACAGCUAGUUGGUGGCUGAGCUGGGACCCGGAUGAACCUUCGUGACUUCAGGUUCACCACGAUAGGGGUUCUAGCAACAUGUUUAAGCAUGAGAAUCCUUUCAGAUUUUGUACCUCUGUUCCCUUUGAUGCCGUUUCGUUUCCUAACCCUUCUAGAUAAACUACCUGAAUGCUGUUCUUCAGCCAAUCCAGCUGGCAAACCCUGCCCAGAAAUAGAUGCUGGGAGCUCCCCGGGGUGCUGAAAGGUUAGCUGUAGAAUUUUUAGCAGGUACUGUUUCUUCCCACCACCUUAGCUUUGCCUCCCCUCCCCCGCCCCCCUUUCCUACGUUAGUCAGCCUCACUCUCCAGCCCCAGGGCUAUAUUCAAACACCUCUUUCUGUUAAGUACAAUUCCCAUCAUAUGCUUUCAAGUGAUUUUUAUUUUUCAAUAAAUCAGUUAAAAUGGA